ACGCUCAGUUAGUUUGGUUAAUCACCUGACGUGGUCGAGGAAGUUUCGACUUAGUGACAGUUCUCUGUACUAUUCAAUCUAGCAACACUCGUGGAAAGAACUGUUCGUCAUUUUGAUAACCUGAACCGUCUUCAAGUCAUGGCUUUAAUCUUUGUAGUUGUGCUGCUUUUAGCUGCUUUGCACGACAGCGAUGGGACCUUGCGAUUUGCUUCUUAUUAUGGAGACCACAUGGUGCUGCAGAAGGCCCCACAGAAAGCUGUCCUGUGGGGGUACGGAAGUGAGAGGGAGCAGGUCGCGGUCUACCUGACGAGUUCUACAGUUCUACAGAAAGUCUUAGCCCCUGUGACAAACGGCAUUUGGCAAGUCACCCUUGAACCCGUUGAUGCUGGUGGUCCUUACAGCAUAUACGCUGUAGCUGGAAAUAGCAUAUGUAGCCUGAAAGAUGUGCUGUUUGGAGACAUCUGGCUAUGUGGAGGCCAGAGCAACAUGUUAUUCACAAUGUCCCAGAUUUUCAACUCAUCUGAGGAGCUUGCACUCUCAUCUAAAUAUCCUCAUGUAAGGCCUUUUAUGACGGCUUUGAACAUGAGUAAAACUGAGCUGAUUGAUCUCAUCCAAGUGGAAAUACCCUGGUCUGCUCCCAACAGCAGUGUGCUGGCAGAGUUCUCUGGGAUGUGCUGGCUCUUUGGGCGUUACAUGUAUGAGAAGUUGAAUUACCCCAUAGGACUGGUGGAAUCAAGUUGGGGAGGCACACCAGUAGAAGCCUGGUCAUCCACAAGAGCGCUGAAGCAGUGUGGACUGGUGCCAAGUGAGGACAUGUAUGAACUUAAAGAAGACAUAAUCCAGCAAACUGAAAAUUCUAUGCUGAAGAGCACCGUUUUGUGGAAUGCAAUGAUCCAUCCAUUCCUCAAUAUGACCAUCUAUGGAGCCAUCUGGUACCAAGGUGAGGCGAAUACAGAGUACCAUAAGGACAACUACAACUGCUCAUUCCCUACGAUGAUAAAUGACUGGAGGAUGGCAUUUCACCAAGGCUCGGGGGGCCAGACUGCUCCUGACUUCCCAUUUGGAUUUGUCCAACUAUCCACAGACAAAGAAGGCGCCACAGAUGACGGCUUUCCAGACAUUCGCUGGCACCAAACUGCAGACGUGGGAUUUGUCCCAAACAUUAGGAUGAAGAACACCUUUAUGGCGGUUACUUUCGACUUACCAGAUAAAACUUCACCGUAUGGCACAAUCCACCCUAGAGACAAACAAGAUGUUGCCCACAGACUUACGCUGGGUGCCAGAGCUGUGGCAUAUGGGGAAAAAGGCGUCUCUUUCCAGGGACCUUUCCCCAAAGUAAUUGUGCCUAGUGAAAGUACAGUCAACGUCACCUAUGACCAGGAGAUCUUCGUUAUGCCAUCUAAAGACAUAUUUGAGAUCUGCUGCUCAGAGAAGAAUGCGUCAUGUGAACCAGACUCCCUUUGGUCACCAGCUCCCAUUAUGGUUUGGAAUCAGACCACCAUCCAGCUGUCUGCUUCUGCAUGCCCACCGUCUAAAAUUGCUGCUCUUAGAUAUGGAUGGAGAGACUGGCCCUGUGAAUUUAAAGCAUGUCCUGUUUAUGAUUCCAGUAAGAAUUUACCUGCGCCUCCUUUUAUCACCAAUCGAUAUGCAGGCAAUCAAAUUUGGUAAAGCACCUAAACUAGAAGGUGAGGGAAAAAAAUAAAGGGAUUUAAAUUGAUUUGUUCUCUUUUCUAAUUAACAAUAUCCACUAUUUUCAUGAAUAAUAAAAUGACUGGUAGAGGCAUACAAUUAUGCCUGCAAAGGUGUCUAAGGUAUGUUGACUCUACUGUUUUUAUGAUGGCAAUAUUAAAUACUGUGACAACUUUAGUCCAAUUUUCUCAGGAUAAAUGGAUAAUUUAAUGGUCAUACACGCAAAAGAAUGUCUAAACUUUGUUUAUGCUGUAAUGUGUGUCACCAGGUGAUGCAAUAAGUCUGAUUUCUUGGUGGAAUAAGGAUUAUGUUGUGAAAACCAGUGUUUUAAUAUUUUACCCAUUCUGAUUUUAUAUUUUUAUGUCAAAUUAUUUUUCAGAAUCAAUUUUCUAUAGUUCUCUUUUGUAUUCACUACAAAUUCUCUCAAAACAAAGUACUGUUAAUUUAUGGGUGAUAUUUCUACUGAUAAGGUUUAAAUAUGGAGCCUGUAGAAACCACAGACUGGAAUAGAUGGGAAAGAAUGAAGGGGUGGAUAGAAAACAAAGCGAAAAUGCUAAAGGAUAUUGGACAAACUGCAGAUGGAU